UGAUUUACCUUCUACUUGUACAGAAUGUCCAUGUGUGUUUAUACUUUGCCUCACUGAAAAUUUCCUCGCGCUUACCGCAUUUGUAACGAUCAACAGAGUAAUAAUUUCCUAUUUACCGAUUUUUUUGUGUAACUCUUGUAUUUUUGUUAUAAUUUAAACUGGCUACUGUCGGUACUUUCAUCUUCGAGAACUAUUAAAGCACUUUUUUGACCGAGUGUUUAUCCUGGGUACAUUUCAUGCUGGAUUCCCUUGCAUAUUCGCCGAAUUGCUAACACAGCUAGGUGUUAUUCGUAGCAAGCACUUCUUCUGUUUCAAAGCUGGAUGAUUCCGAGGAUAUCCUCAAAAGCUGCUUUAAACCCAGUGUAAAUACUGUCCACAAUGGCUGUACUUGAUCCACGUACUUGCGGCAAAUCCAACUAUACCAAUAAAGGAUAUGUUGAAAACGAGGAACGAAUCACACUGCACGCCAUACAGGGUCCUCCAGCAUCCGACGAACUGGAACCCAUUCCGGAAGCCACCGAAGUCACACAUAUGAAAACCGUGAAAAAGCUGCAUCUGCGGUCGAACGGCAUUCCGGAUGAAAAUGACGCUUUGCAGCCGGAUGACGAAGAGCCGGCCAAGAACCCGGGCUCCGCCACACUGGCCGCCAAACGCGUGAUUCUCGGUAUAAUGGACGUGGCGCUCUUGACGUCCAAUGCCGGGCAGCUGCGCGAACUACUGCAAGUGCCGUAUCAUCCGUUCAGGUGCUUCACCUUUACCCUCCUUAUGCUUUCUAUUGUACUGCAAAUCGCGGCGACCGGUUGCUUUCUAUUAGCUUACUGGUGGGAGAGUGAAGAGGACAAGACGUAUAAGACGCUGCGGAAACUGGCCUUUUUAGGCGGGUCGUUUUGUAUUUUUGUGGUGCUGGUGUCGAAUAUUUUUAUUGCGGUGUUUCUGCCGAUGAACGGCGGGUAUCAGUUUCCGCCCAAUGUCUCCGCCAGUGACAGUAUCUGUUGAAAUGAUCUUUUAUCCUUCUUAUAGUGCUGCCAUGUAAUUAUAUUUCAUUUCUUCGUUUCCACUCCUGUACCACUUUUUUAAUCCUUGCUUACUCCAUAAUUUACAUCAUCAUUGCUUAUAUGUAAAACAAAAACUACAGCAGAUCGAGUAUGUAUACUGAAGUGGCACGCAAAA